AUGGCAAGAGGCAACGAACGGACAGAAGCUUCUUUCCUUGCCUGGAAUCAAGACGGGACGGGGUUCCACAGGGAGGUGCCUGCCUGGGAGAAUGGGUUUUGCGUUUUGGCUUGGUUUGACAAAGAGACAAAGAAGGUAGGCACGCCGUACAUUGCUAUUAUGAACAAUGAACAGCAUUCGACGGCAGGACGGAAAGUUGCCGUGUCCGUCCACCGCUACGCCCAGGACAUUCUACAGUCGACGUGGGCAAGACGGUCAAACCGUUCGCUCCUGCUGUUUGUUUGUUGGAACGGGCCAAGCAGCGCUCCAAAAAAGGAAUGA